AAUCGAAGAUUUAUCAGUCAAAAUCCCAACCCACCGCCGCAAAAUGCUCUCCUCCGCCGCCCACCACCUCUCCUCCGACUCCGACUCCGAUUCAUCCUCCCCCUCCCAUUCCCACCAGCGCCACCCCGACCUCUCCUCCUCCAUCUUCCAAUCCUACCUCUCCCAUUCCAGCUCCCGCACCACCGCAGGCGACGAUCUCCACCACCAAGAUCUCAUAAAAAUCCAAUCUUUCCUCACCUCCUCCCGCGCCGGCGCCCUCUCCUGCCUCAUCUGCCUCGAGCGCAUCAAGCCCACCGACCCCACCUGGUCCUGCUCCUCCCGCUGCUUCGCCAUCUUCCACCUCCUCUGCAUCCAGUCGUGGGCCCACCAGUCCACCACCCUCGCCGCCUCACGCGCCUCCGCACGCGCCGCCGUCGCCCCGGACGAGAGCUCCCUCGCCUGGCCCUGCCCCAAGUGCCGCGUCGAGUAUCUCAAGCCCCAAACCCCCAAGAAUUACUUUUGCUUCUGCGGGAAGGUCGAGGACCCGCCUCGUGAUCCGUGGGUGUUGCCUCAUUCUUGCGGCGAGAUUUGUGGGAGAUCGUUGAAAUAUGACUGUGGGCAUCUCUGCCUGCUGCUGUGCCAUCCCGGGCCGUGCCCGGCCUGCCCGAAAUUGGUUAAAAAUCAGUGCUUUUGUGGGAAAUUGGAGGAUGUGAGGAGAUGUGGAUUGAAGGAAUUUUCUUGCAAAGGUGUGUGUGGGAAGGUAUUGGAGUGUGGAGCUCAUAGAUGUGGUGAGAUCUGCCAUGAUGGAUCGUGCCAGCCGUGUAGGGCGAAGGGGAGUUUUCGAUGCCAAUGUGGAAAGGAAGAGAUGGUGAGGGAGUGCUGUGAGAGGGAGUUUAGAUGCAAUGGUGAGUGCAAGAAGAUGUUGAGCUGUGGGAGGCAUGUUUGUGAGAAGGGGUGUCACGAGGGCGGGUGUGGGGAUUGCCCGUUUCAAGGGAAGAGGAGUUGCCCUUGUGGGAAGAGAGUGUAUGAAGGGAUGGCAUGUGAUGUUUCUUUGCCUCUGUGUGGGUCAACUUGCAAUAAGCUGCUGAGCUGCGGCUUCCACCGGUGCCCCGAGAGAUGCCAUCACGGGCCGUGUGUUGAGAAUUGUAGGAUGAUCGUGACAAAGCCGUGUAGGUGUGGGAGCUUCAAGAAACAGGUCCCUUGCUAUCAAGAGUUGACUUGUGAGAGGAAAUGCCAAACGCUUAGGGAUUGUGGUCGGCAUGCUUGUAAGCGCCGCUGUUGCGAUGGGGACUGCCCUCCUUGCUCAGAGAUAUGUGACCGGAAGCUCCGGUGUCGAAAUCACAAGUGCCCAGCCCCAUGUCAUAGAGGUGCUUGUGCUCCUUGCCCACUGAUGGUGAGGAUAUCAUGUGCAUGUGGCAACACACAUUUUGAGGUUCCUUGUGGCACUGAAACUGAACAAAAGCCUCCUAAGUGUCACAAACCAUGUCCCGUAGCUCCUUUAUGCAGGCAUGCUCCACAAUCUAAGCCACACCGGUGCCAUUAUGGUGCUUGCCCCCCAUGUCGGCUAACUUGUGGUGAAAGAUACUCAUGUGGCCAUGAAUGCCAAUUGAGGUGCCAUGGACCUGUACCACCUCCACGCCCUGAAUUUACGUUAAAACCAAAAAAGAAGAAGGGAAAUUAUCUGAGUGAAGCUACACCUGGUUCCCCAUGUCCACCUUGCCCAGAAGUUGUGUUGAGGUCGUGCUUUGGCCGGCACAUAGGAGCAGAAAGGAUGAUGGUAUGCUCAAAUAGUCCCGAGUUUCCUUGUGAUAAUUUGUGUGGAAAUCCUCUUCCAUGUAGCAACCAUUACUGCACUUACGUAUGUCAUCCCUUGAAAGAUCAUUCUUCGAAAACAGGCGAGUCCUGCGAAGUGUGCAAUCUCCCUUGUGAUAAGGAUAGAGAUCCGAAAUGUCCACAUCCUUGCCCUAUGCGAUGUCAUCCUGGAGAAUGCCCCCCUUGCAAGACGUUGAUUAAGCGUUCGUGUCACUGUGGGUCCAUGGUGCAUGUUUUCGAGUGUAAAUAUUACAACUGCCUGUCCGAGAAAGAGCAAAUGGUUGUCCGUUCGUGCAAAGGGCCUUGCCAUAGGAAGUUGCCGAAUUGUACACACUUAUGCCCAGAGACGUGCCAUCCCGGGCCCUGCCCAUCACCUGACAAGUGCUCUAAGAAGGUAACCGUUCGUUGUGGGUGUCAAACCUUAAAGAAGGAGUGGCUAUGCAAGGAUGUACAAGCGGCACAUAUUAGUAGUGGUUGCGAUCUCAAAGAGAUACCAAAGAAUCAAUUUGGAGUCGGACUUCUUCCUUGUGGUUCCGACUGCAAGAGCAAAGUCAAGGCCCCCGACUCAGAGUUGCAUCUUCGCCAAGUGAAGCCCCAGGAGGAAAAGGAGUCGGAUAAGGCUAGUAACGUGUCGAAAAGGAGGAGACGGAAACAAAGGGUACACGAAGAGGAGAAUGCAUCAAGGCUGCAGAGAAUAGUUGGUGUGGCUCGACGGAUCCUUUUGGUGCUUAUCGUUGUAGCAGCUGUCAUCGUCUCUGCAUAUUUCGGGUAUAAAGGUCUGUUGUGGUUGUCGGACUGGAUGAACCAACUCGAAACUCGACAAACAAGAAGAUAUCCACGGGUCUAAAUCUUACCAAAAAACUCAAAAUUCACAGAUUGAAUCUAUUUUGUGUUCUUAGCUGGCUGGGGAAAGGUUAUGGAUUUUUUUUUUUCUUUAUUUUGAUCAACGUAUAGUGUGGAAAAAUAAAUCUUUGGUUCAUUCUUAUGCUUUACACAUUUUUUGUUAUGUUUUACGUGAGGAAUUGUAUUUUGGAGAAAUAGAGAAAAGAAGUAUUUUUUAAAGAGCUAUUGUUCUAAACU